AAUUUCAGAUUUCACUUUAAUUUCUCUUCUGGCUAUUUCAUACUCUCUCAAUGGGUGCACUUCUGGCAACACCCGGAUGCAUCUCAUCGCUAGCAUGUUGCUGCGGUAGUGCGGCAUGCUCUUUGUGUUGCGCAGCAUGUCCAUCUACCCGAAGCUCACUGACUACCAGAGUAAUGUAUGCUGGAAUGUUGUUAAUCAGUACAUUCAUGGCUUGUCUGAUGCUUGCACCUGGUAUACAAGCUAAACUUGCUGAUUCGAAUUGGUUUUGUGAAGGUCUGUCCGGAAUUGCUGGAAUAAAUUGUUCCCAUGCUGUCGGUUUCCAGGCUGUUUACAGACUUUGCGGAGCAGUGGUCAUUUUCUUUUUCGCACUGAUGAUUCUAAUGUUGGGGGUGAAAUCAUCCCAUGACGUACGAUCGAAAAUUCAGAACGGCUUUUGGUUCUUCAAAUACGUGAUUGUUAUUGGGAUCACUGUCGGGUUGUUUUAUGUCAGUUCGGAGAAAAUUUCUUCACCUCUAAUGUGGAUUGGAUUGAUCGGUGGCUUUAUUUUCAUCCUUCUACAACUUAUAUUGAUCGUCGAUUUCGCUCAUUCGCUUGCUGAAGGAUGGAUGGAAAAAUAUGAAGAGAAUGAAAGUCGCACAUGUUAUUGUGGAUUGUUAAUGUUCACCUCUCUGUCGUAUACGUUAGCCGUCGGUGCUGUCGUGCUAAUGUACCUGUUUUACACUGCGGGAAAUUCGUGUCACAUGCCGAAGUUAUUCAUUUCUUUCAAUGUCAUUCUCUGUGUGCUAGUUUCUGCCUUAUCAAUCCUCCCACGUAUACAGGAACGAAUGCCUCGAUCAGGCCUGUUGCAGUCAUCGUUCAUUACUCUCUACGUAAUGUACGUCACAUGGUCAGCACUGAUCAAUAAUCCAGAUAAAGAAUGCAAUCCUUCGUUGAUUAAUAUUUUUACCAAUCAUACAACUCCUUAUGGCCAGGAUAUUUAUGGAACACCGUUGCCGGCUGAAUCUAUGAUUUCCCUUCUGAUUUGGUUCGUCUGUAUACUCUACGCAUCAUUCCGGACCUCAUCGAGUUUCAAUAAAAUUGCGGGUGGCUCACCACAUGGAGUAGUGGAUGAUGCAGAUAACGGUUCUCAGCAGCAUAUUAUCACACCUAUCGAAGAUAAUCUCGAACGCGGACGUAUUUGGGAUGACGAGUCAGAUGCUGUUUCAUAUAGCUACUCAUUUUUCCACUUUGUAUUUGGGCUGGCUUCAUUGUAUGUAAUGAUGACUCUCACAUGCUGGUACAAGCCGGAUAGUGACUUACGUCAUCUAAACAGCAAUAUGGCAGCAGUUUGGGUAAAAAUUGUAUCUUCUUGGCUUUGCCUUGCAAUUUAUGCAUGGACGCUUGCAGCACCAGCAAUUUUUCCUGAUCGUGACUUUUCGUGAAAUUGAAAAAUCUGAUCCUAAUUAAAACCGAAGUGAAUUUUGGAAUUUCAUCCCACAAAUUAAGAUUUUGUACAUAAUUUCAUAAUUUGAUACCUACUUCUCUUUGCUUAUUUUUAGUGUUGAAUGGAAAAAUUUUUUCUUGCCGUCGCUGAGAUAUAAUUUUCUCUCAUAUUUUCCGUUUUAAUCUGCAGUCAAUAUGUGUAUAUUUUGUCAUGAAUUAAAUAUUUUGUAUUUCUUGAAUGCUUAGUUCAUUAUCUCUAUACAUACAUUUGACAUGUUCUACAUGAUGUCAGUGUCCAUUCAUCUCUCUUGUGAAAGCUGUUAUGAAUCAAAAAGGAUUAUUUAUUUUAAUCAGUAACUAGGUGAGUCCCGAAUUGAUCAACUGUACCAACACUUUUUGAGAUAAGACAUGAUCUUUUUUGAUGGAAUCAUAAAACUCAUUUCAUAUUCGAUAGCACUAAAUUGUACGCGAUAAAUGAUUAUCGUUGCUUUUUCUCCGUGAUUAUGCAGUAAAGCAU